AUGAGAGUGAAAACGGUACCGAGGCAGCGGAUAGUUCCGGUAAAUGGAAUCUCCGAGACUGUGUCGGAGAUUGUUACCGAACCAGGACAAUCCUCUGCGAGCAGAAGAAGAAAGGAAGUGUCAGAUGACGAGGAGGACGUGUCACACGGAUCGAACGAACGUACAAUGUGUAAUUUAGACGUGAAUCAGCUGGGGGAUCGAUCUGUAAAGGAGGAGAAAAAGGACGGGACGUUAAAUUAUUGCGAGGAAGCGUUAGACAUGUCGAUUAAACAGAAGACUGAAGCUCCGGAAAAGGAUUCGUCGAUAGCCGGUCCAUCAAGACGUCGAUGUUUCGCCUCUCAUUCUCAAAAAGGGCCGAAAAGCUCUAUUUGCGACAACGAUAACAACAAUAUACCAAGAUUAAACAGCGAGAAGAAAAAUUGUUGCUGCGUAACUGCUUCUUCAAGCAGACAAGAUUCGCAGUCGUGCGAGAGCGAACCUUCUGUUUCCGCAAAUAACGACGACAGACUAACAGUAGCUGUUAAUUUAUGUAUAAAGGAUUUCGAGAAGAAAGAGAUUCCCCCUAAAAAGCUGAAAGACACUGUCUUAUUUAAAAUUAUGACAGAUUCGGCGUUCUUGGAGAAUAUACAGAACCAUAAGCGACCCAGGAGAUACGUGUGUCAAUUCUGCAAGAAAGAGUUCGUCAACAACGACGAUCUGACUGAUCACAUGGACGUGAAGAAAGAAAAGUCGCAUCAGACCGAGGCUUCAGAGAGGAAUUCAUCGGUUUGCUGUUCACUAGCUGGCCCGUCAAAUUGCUACUUGCACUCGGAAGAGAGGACAAAGGAUUGCGUUCCUAACGACGACAACAACAAUGCAGUAGCAUCGAACGGAAACACGGAGAGUUGCUCCGUGACUGGAUCUUCGGGCGGGCAAGAUUGUAAAAGCAACGACGACAGAUUAACAGAAGCUGUGAACCUGUGCAAGAAGGAUCGUCUCGAGGAGGACGUGUCCAGACGCAGCGAGAGCAGUUGCAACGAAAAGCUGGAGAACACUGUCCUCUUCAAAAUCAUGACCGAUCCGGCGUUCUUGGAGAACAUACAGAACCACAAGCGAUCGAGGAGGUACAUGUGUCAAUUUUGCAAGCAGGAGUUCCUCAACAACGACGAGCUGACCGAUCACAUGGACGUGAAGAAGGACGAGUCGAAUCAGGUGGUUUGCUGCGCGUGCAAGAAGACGUUCGCGCAAAAACGGUACCUGAGGUAUCAUCAGAGGUGCCACUCGGAGAGAACCAAGUUCACCUGCGACAUUUGUACCAAGAAGUACACCAGAAUGGACAAUCUGUCCAGGCACAACACGUUCCACGUGAAUCCGGGAAAGUUCUCGUGCACCUACUGCGAGAAAACGUUCGCGAGGAAGGAUCUGCUGAACAAGCAUUUGAAAUGUCACGACAGCAAGUAUCGUUUUUUCUGCGAGGCCUGCCAGAAGUACUUCAAGGACCCUCUCAUGCUGGACACUCAUAGGAAAAGCUUUCACUCGAUCGUGUAG